AUGGUGGAAUACGGUGCUGCAGGCGAGGGAAGUGACGUGGCUUAUGCCAUGAGUUGGGAGGAAUUCAAGGAAUUAGUGGAAAGAAAGUUUUGUCCCUCCUAUGAAAAGGAACAAAUGACAAAUAAGUUCCUGAACCACCAGAUGGUGGAUGUUGAUUGUCGAGGCGAGAUUCAUGAUAUAGUCAAAGCUGCGAGACCCCGCAUAAUUGACGAUGCGGCCGAACUGGACAACACCUUGACUGACGGACUGUUAUAUGGAAAACGUUAUUUGAGAAAUCCCACUUGGAACGACCUUCAACAACUAUACGAGGUGCAUCUAGAAAAUCAUGGAAUACCCGACAUGAUUGGUAGUUUGGAUUGUCUUCAAUGGCGUUGGUAUAAUUGUCCAACCGCAUGGCGAAGUCAACAUACACAAGGUGACCAGAAAGGACCAACUUUGGUUUUACAAGCGGUUGCGUCAUACGACCUUUGGAUUUGGUCGGCUUUCUUUGGUGUAGCCGGGUGUAUGAAUGACAUUAAUACCUUCGAGUGUUCACCAUUGUCAGAGAGCUACAUUUCUGGAACGAUACCAAAGGCCGGUUUUCAUGCAAACGGGAAUGACUACAAGCAUGGCUACUAUUUGGGUGAUGGUAUAUACCCGGAGUAUUAG